AACAAAGGUAUCUGAGAAUCAGGAAGUAACCAGGCAAAGAUAUCUGGGAAAGUCAAAUCAAAGACAUUUCAGAUCACUUUGUCUACUGCUCAGCAUAAUGGCAGCUAUUUACACUAUACUGGUGUUAUUCCUGGCAGUUUUUGUUGCUGGAUUUAUAUUGUUGAUCAUGGGGGCAAUUAAUUUUGAUGUCUCCAACUCUGAAAUUCCUCCUGGAAUGAAUCAACCUGUGAAGCUCCGAAUCAUUCAUAUUAUUUUAAUAUGCAUAGCUGUGGUGGGAAAGAUUUUGGAAAAGAUUGGGAUCUGCAGUGAGAUUAACUUUGUCCGGUACAUGCAAGGUGUAAGGACUCCGGGAGCAGACCAGAAGCUCUUCAUCAAGGACCUGUGUUUUGGGAAUGUGCCUGUAAGGAUCUAUCAGCCUAAGGCUCCAACUUCCAGCCAAAGGAGGGGAGUUAUGUUUUUCCAUGGAGGAGGAUGGACACUUGGAAGUGUUGACACUCACGAAAACCUAUGCCGCUUGCUUGCCCGAGAAAGUGACUCAGUGGUUGUAUCUGUUGGGUACCGCUUAGCUCCUGAACACAAAUACCCUGCUGCGUAUGAAGACUGUCUUAAUGCUGCCAUACACUUCAUGAGGAACACAGAGCACUACGGGGUGGACCCUGCCCGUAUAAGUGUCUGUGGGGACAGUGCAGGGGGCAAUCUAGCAGCUGCCGUUAGCCAGACCCUGGCAGGAAGAUCAGACCUCCCCAAGCUACGUGCUCAGAUCUUGAUCUACCCACACCUUCAGGCACUGGACUUCAAUUUGCCUUCCUAUCAGCAAAAUCAGAGAGUCCCUCUCUUAUUCCGAGAACGUUCUGCUUUUUUUGCUUUGCUGUACCUAAAUGGGGAUGCAUCACAUAUUGAAGAGGUCUUAGAGGGCUCUCAUAUUCCUGUAGAUAUUAAAUUAAAUUAUAUGAAGUGGGUGAGUGCAGACAACAUCCCUGAAAAAUUUAAGGCCAGAGGCUACAAACCACAUGUGCUACUUGACUGUCCAACUGCAGUUUAUGAGACAAUGAAAAGAUUCUGUGAGCCCAGCCUGUGUCCCUUGCUAGCUGAAGAUGCUGUUAUUCAGCAGCUGCCAGAGUCUUUCAUCUUGACUUGUGAGUAUGAUGUGCUGAGGGACGACGGCUUGCUGUACAAGAAGAGACUGGAGGACAAUGGAGUUCGAGUGACCUGGUACCACCUUGAGGAUGGAUUCCAUGGAAUCAUCAGCUUUUCUAACAGUGACUGGAUGUCCUUCUCAUCUGGAGAAAGGGGUCUCAACAAUAUUGUGAACUUCCUAAAAAGCUUAUAGAAACAAAUUUUUUUCUUUCCAUAAUAAUUACCAAUUUUCUGCGUUCAUGCGUGCUCCUAAAAUCCAUGUAAGAGGUUUAGAUAGGACAGUUUCAGAGUAAUUAUGCCAGCGUGAUCACUCCAGAAGUAUAUUUAAAGAAUGUUGUGAAAGUUUAGUUUAGCGUGAUUUGAAAUGUUCCAUAUGCAGUCUCUAUUUUAAUGAUCUAUUUGGACUAGGCUCUUGCUACUUUCUCUGUAAAUAUUAAAGAUGCUGUAAAAUUUUAAAUCAA